AUGUCUGAGCCCACUGAUACCAGCGAACCGGCUAAGCCAGUCCACACCAUAGUUCUCGAUGCCGGACCGCUGAUCAAGAACGUACCCCAAAUUUCAACCCUGCUCUCACAAUCACACGCCCUCAUCACCACACCGUCGGUAAUUUCUGAAAUACGAGACCCAGAUGCCCGUCGCCGAAUCGAAACCCUCUACCUCCCAUUUCUAACCCAGCGAUCUCCGAAGCCAGAUAGUCUUAAAGUCGUGGCUGAAUUUGCGCGGAAAACUGGCGACCGGGAAGUUCUUAGCAAGAAUGAUUUGGAGAUUCUAGCAUUGGCCUAUGAGGUAGAGUGUGAACGAAAUGAGGGCGAUUGGAGAUUAAGACGAGAACCUGGACAGAAGGGUAUAAAUGGGGCACCUCCUGCGCAUUUAGCAACGGCGAAAGUCACUAAACAGGAUGACGAAGAACAAAGAGAAGAUAAUGCAGAGGGGCAGGAAGAUAUGCUAGAAGAGACACCAGAAGAGAAACAAGAAGAAACGCCUGAAGUUCAGCAGGAAGAGAAACCGGAAGAGAAACAGGAUGAUACAGCAGUGGAAGAGGUUACUAAAAAAGUAGAAGAGACUUCGCUUAAAGAGAGCUCUGAAGCUGCUGCGAAAGAACCAACGGAUCAGCCGACUGAUCUUCCAGAUGAAGAUGCUAAAGUCGAUGACAUCGACGGCCAUGGUGAGAGCAAUGAAGACGAAGAAGACCAGGAUUCAGCGCCCGUCGAUGAAUCAGAUUCAGACCCCGACGGCUGGAUCACACCUUCAAACUUGAAGAAACGACAGAUUCGCGACGCGGCACUCGGUACCGCCUCUGAAGAAGCGAAAAUAAUGCAAGUUGCAACCAUCACUGGGGAUUUUGCUAUGCAGAACGUCCUCCUACAAAUGAACCUCAACAUCCUCUCGCCAAGUAACAUGCAGCGAAUUCGCCAAUUAAAAUCCUACGUCAUGCGUUGCCAUGGCUGCUUCUUGAUAACAAGGGAUAUGAGCAAGCAGUUUUGUCCUCGAUGUGGGCAGCCCACACUGAACCGAGUCUCUUGCUCGACUUCUUCCAAGGGUGAGUUCAGAACGCAUUUAAAGAAGAAUAUGCAAUGGAACAAUCGGGGGAAUAAGUACAGUAUCCCCAAGCCAAUUGCUGGCACGGCCAAUACGAAAUGGAGCGGUUCUGGUGGCGGAAAGGGUGGAUGGGGGAUGGGGUUGAUAUUGGCCGAGGACCAAAAAGAGCAUAUCAGGGCUGUCACGGAGGAAGAGAGGAGGAAGAAAAAGGGAAGAGAUCUGAUGGACGAUGAUUAUCUACCCUCCAUCUUGAGCGGAGACAGGCAAAGGGCCGGUGGUAGAAUUAAGGUGGGAGCCGGCCGCAAUGUCAAUUCAAGGAAACGGAGAUAG